GUUUUGGCGCGCGUUGGCUCAAAACGCGGCGAUUUGCCUAGCAGACGGCGGUCUGUAAAAGUUCGUGCAAGUAUUUUUUGAGUGAGUGUGUGGUUUCUGAAAGUUUAUUGUGCACAAAGAUGCUGCGAAAGUGAAGUUCAAGGCCUUCUUGUGAGAGGAAGUCGGUGUCCUCGGCGUGGUCUGGUGACGCUGCAGGGCCCAGAGACUCUGACCGAAGGGCAGCAGGUGGGGCAUGGCACCACCUGGCAGGAAGCGUUCGCGACGUCGCCCCACCUUCGUGGGAUUGAUUGAAUCCUGCAAGCAACAGAACUGCGAAGCUGCUGCUCGCCAAGUGGCCGUCGCGAGACUGACGAGACCCGCCGAGCGAGGCUUCAGAAACCAGCGGGAGUCACUUCCGGCUACGAGAGGCGAGACCGCCGCUCCCGCGCACCUGAGCCGGCGCCUGGAGCAGGACCUGCUCAGCCUGGUGUGCGAGAAACGCGACGGCCCACGCGCCAGACAGCGCUUGUCGUCGCCGUCGCCGCAACGCCCGCGGCAGAAAGGACGCAGCCGAGAGAGCCGCGGCAGCAGGGUCCAGCGACGGAGGAAGAGCAGCAGGCCAAGAAGGGCCGCCCCAUCGCCGUCCACUUCGCCUUCCUUGUCGUCCUCCGAUCGGAGCCGCGAGGAACGUCUCCGAAGCCCUCGCCGGAGGUCUCACCGGAGUGGUUCGUCGGACGAGCGCAGCCCCGAGGCUCGGGCACCGCCGGCGGCUCCCAUGGUUCGGGCUUCCUUUCGGCGCAACGCUCGCCAGUUCAGUCCGCCCGCCCGUUCGAGCGGUGACGUCAUCGGGAGUGGCGGCGGCUCGGCUGGCUGCCGGCAACCGAAGCUGGCGAACGAGAAGCGAGAGCAGCAUAUCCUGGCGCAGAGUCUGCUGCAGCUGCACGAGGCCUUGGACGCUAAGCGCCGUCAGCUGCCCUGGGGCACGAGUGUGCUGGCUGAUGUGCGAAGUUACUGCCGGGAAAUUGCUCGCCAGGCUCAAAGCGAGGUGCCACCGAUGGAAGAGGGGCUGUCGCCGUCACCGCAGCCGCAGCCAACGGUGGAGGAAGAAGAGGCCGUGCCUGACCCUAAUUUCAUCGUCCUCGACGAGGAGCCCGGCGACGACGAGGUGCUCUUCAUGGAAUUGUCGUCGGAAUCAUCGCAAACCGCGAGUCCGGCAUCUAGCCUGCUGCCUGACUCCCCCAGGGGGCAGCAGCAGCAGCAGCCGUGGCGCGAGGAAGAAGAAGGAGAGCGUCUCGGCGAACCGGAAGAAGAAGACGUCGAAGAAGCCACGGACGUCGUCGCCAGCGUCGGGCACUGGCAGCCGGGUGGCGACAACAACGCCGCCGCCGCCGCCGCCGCCGCCAACAUUCCGGGCACUUCAGCCUCGUCGUUUCUGGUGCCGUGGAACCGGCCCGCAGCCGCGCAGGCUGGUCCGCGUCUAGCGCCGGAGCCGGCGCCCUGGGUCUCCUCCUCCGCCUCCACCUUCUCCUGUUCCUCCUGGCCGGCAGGGGGCUGUCGCAAUGCCGGAGCCCGGGGCCGCUGUCAGGGCUGCCACCGCGUGGGGAAGAAGAGCGCCGCUGCUGCCGACGCCUGCUGCGGCGAUUGCGGCAGCGCGGCCAGUGCAACGUUCCAUCAGUUGGCGCGAGGGGGCGUACCUGCCGACGGCGCCAGCUCCCGCUCGGCCUUCCAUGCCGUCCUUGUCCGGCCGGUCGUCGUGGCGAGCUCUUCCACCGUCAACGGUGUCAAUGUUUUCGGGAACACUGCGAGCGCCACCUCCUCCGCGCGCGCCACCACCGGAUUGGCAGCGCCCAGCCGAGGAGUUCAUCACGGUGAUGGAGCCGGCGGGAUGGCGUGCGGCGCGGCGGUGCUUCAGCCCCAGCCCUGACUACAUCGACCCUUUGCCCCUCCAGUACCAGCCGCACCUGCGCGCUCCGGUGCCGCGGCCGAUGUACACGAACCGCGGGCACCCGUCUGCCGGACGUUACAGAAUGGAGGGAGCGUGGCGGUUCUCGGGAAGGAGAAUGUUUUAAAUUUGAAAAAAGAAAUAGAGGAGGGGAGGGGGCGCCAGCAAGCAGUGGCACAGUCUGGUUAAUAAAGACACGGCCU